GCUCCGAUGAUAAUGUCCCUUUGGAGAUGACACAUACACAUGUUAAAAACUGCCGUUCAAACCGAAAAGAUCCCCCCAUUCCUUAUGAGCUCAUCAUAUCUCUAAGGGGACACUACAAAUGAGUUUUAAUAUGAUCGAAAGUGCGGCCGGAUACAUAGAGUCAGCUUCACUUGUUUACUGCGGUAAUUUAGUGUUUUGUGGUAAAAGGAUUUUCUUAAAUGUUGAUGUGGAACGAGGCUGGUAAAAACAUCGGUAAACCGCGUUGUAACAGCCAGAUAUUUAACCGUGGUAGUUUGGUGAAAAUAUAUAUAACAUACUGACUGUUUACAUCUGAAAAUGAAAAUCAAAUGACGUCAACAUCAAAGAUCCAUUAUCAAUAUUUGUCACCAUUUACAGACUUGAGAAAGCAGUUAUACAGAAAACAUACAACACUGUUUCUAUAAAUUUGUUUUUGGGUUGCUGUGACAGUUAUUCUUCCGAGUGAAACAUUUCUCUUCAUUGUAUAUAGGAUGGGUGUAAGAUGAUAUUGUAUUACACUUAAAUUUGGACAGAUUUACAAAUGAAUUUUGUUGCUAUUCCUUUUACCAGCAGAAGUAAGUAUUGAUGGAAAUAUUGCAGUAGAAGAAUUUUGAUCAAUGUUGUCAGUAGAUAAAGGAGAAAUAUUGAUGUAAUUGUCCCGAGAAAAAAAAAAUUAAAGGGAAAUGAAUUUUCCUCAAGAAUUGCCUAAGGAAGUGGGAAAAUCUCUUUAUCACUGUGAUAUUUGUCAAAAGACAUUUUCUCUAAAAAGUAGCCUUAUUAAUCACAAAGCAAUCCACUCAGCAGAGAAACGACAUAAUUGUGAUACCUGUGGUAAAUCGUUCCCUCGUUUACAAACCUUAAAUAUUCACAAGCGUAUUCAUACAGGUGAGAAACCAUAUCACUGUGAUAUCUGUGGUAAAUCGUUCACUGUAAAAGGCACAUUAACUCAACAUAUGCAUAUACAUACAGGUGAGAAACCACAUACCUGUGAUGUAUGUAGUAAAUCAUUCUCUCAAUUGCAUAGUUUAAUUACUCACAAACACAUUCAUACAGGUGAUCAACCAUAUAAAUGUAAUAUCUGUGGUAAAUCAUUCUCUCGAAUGCAUAAUUUAAUUACUCACAAACGCAUUCAUACAGGUGAACAACCAUACACCUGUAAUAUCUGUGGUAAAUCAUUCACUCUAAGAUGUCACUUAGAUGGUCACAAGCGUACUCAUACAGGUGAAAAACCAUAUCAUUGCGAUAUCUGUGGUAAAUCAUUCUCUCAGACAAAUGGCCUAACACGACACAUACGUAUUCAUACAGGUGAAAAACCAUAUCAGUGUAACAUUUGUGGUGAAUCAUUCUCUGAAACAGGUAAUUUAAGUAAACACAAAUACAUUCAUACAGGUGAGAAGGCGUAUCACUGUGAUAUCUGUGGAAAGUCAUUCUUUCAAAAAGUUCAUUUAAAUUCUCACAAACGCAUUCAUACAGGAGAGAAACCGUAUCACUGUGAUAUCUGUGGGAAAGCUUACGCUGAUGUAAACAGCUUAUAUAGACACAAACACAUUCACACAGGACAGAAACCGUAUCAGUGUGAUAUUUGUGGUAAGUCAUUCAGUUACAGAGGACCGUUAACAGCUCACAAACGUAUUCAUACAGGGAAGAAACCAUAUUGCUGUGACACUUGCGGUAAAUCUUUCAGGGAAGCAGCUCAAUUAUCAAUACACAAGAGACGUGUUCAUACAAAUGAGAAACCGUAUCAGUGUGAUAUCUGUGGUAAAUCAUUCUCCGAUGGAAGUAUAUUAAAUGUUCACAAACGUAUUCACACGGGGGAAAGAUCACAUCACUGCGAUAUCUGUGGUAAAUCAUUCACCGAGCGAAGUAAAUUAACUGUUCACAAGCGUAUUCAUUCAGGGGAAAAACUAUAUCACUGUGAUAUCUGUGGUAAAUCCUUCUCUCAGACAGCUCAUUUAACUGUUCACAUUCGUAUUCAUACAGGUGAGAAACCGUAUCACUGUGAUAUCUGUGAUAAAUCAUUCUCUCAAACAAGUUAUUUAACCAUUCACAGACGUACUCAUACAGGAGAGAAACCAUAUCAGUGUGAUAUCUGUGGUAAAUCUUUCUUCCAAAAUAGUGAUGUGACUAAGCACAAACGUUUCCAUGCAAGAGAGAAACCAUAUCACUGUGAUAUCUGUGGUAAAUCAUUCUCUGUAUCUAGCAACUUAACUAAUCACAAUCGCAUUCAUACAGAAGAGAAGCCCUAUCACUGUGAUAUCUGUGGUAAAUCAUUGUGUGAGAACAGUGCUGUCACUAAGCACGAAUGUGUUCACACAGGAGAGAAACCAUAUCACUGUGAUAUCUGUGGUGAGAACAGUGGUGUCACUAAGCACGAAUGUGUUCACAUUGGAGAGAAACCAUAUCACUGUGAUAUCUGUGGUAAAUCUUUCUCUCGAAAAGAUAACUUAACUAGACACAAAUAUCUUCAUACAGGUGAAAAAACACAGUGCUGUGAAAUCUGUGGUAAAUUUCUUGCUAGUGGAAGUUCUUUAGCUAUACAUAAAUAUGUCCAUACUGGAGAAAAACUCUAUCGAUGUGAUAUCUGUGGUAAAUCAUUCUCUCAAUGUAGUAUCUUAAUUGCUCACAAACGUGUUCAUACUGGAGAGAAACCAUAUCACUGUGACAUCUGUGAUAAAUCAUUCUCUGUGUGUAGUAAUUUAAUUCAUCACAAACGGACUCACACAGGAGAGAAGCCAUUUCUCUGCGAUGUCUGUGGUAAGUCAUUCUCUCAAGGAAAUGCCUUAAGUACUCACAAACAUAUUCAUACAGGAGAGAAACCGUAUCACUGUGAUAUUUGUAGUAAGUCAUUUGCUUGUAGAAAUAGCUUAAUUGUUCAUGAGCGUAUUCAUACAGGGGAGAAGCCAUAUCGCUGUGAUAUUUGUGACAAAUCCUUCUCUGACAGAAAUGCCUUUAAUAGACACAAACGUGUACACACAGGAGAGAAACCGUAUCGCUGUGAUAUUUGUGGUAAAUCUUUCUCUCAAAGUGGUCAAUUUACUAAUCAUAAACGAAUUCAUUCAGGAAAGUGACCAUAUCACUGUGGAAUCUGCAGUAAAUCAGUCUCUCGGAUAAAUAUGUUAUCUACCCACAAAUGUAUCCCUACUGGAACCAAACCAAGUGACCGAUUCGGUUGUUAAGCGUUCUUCCAUAGAAGUAACGAACAUGUGGGUUGUGGUAAAUUCAUUGCUACAUGUGUACUAAUUACUUUUUUGUUGAUUAAAUUAUUUUGUUUUUCUCA